GGUGACACAUGAUUGAAUGUUUAAGAAACAUGAGAUUAAUUGCUUUUGUGAACUUCUCAAUACUUUAGUAAUACUUAUUUAUUUGCGCUGUGUUCAUUUUUUCCUGCAUCUUCUACUUUCUCUAUAUCUUAGGAAUAUAUGGUUUUAUUAUUUCUAUGAUUAAUUUUGUUGAUUUUAUGAAAUUAUUAUAUGAUUAUAACCGAGUUUUGAACUGAAGUUAAAAGUGAUUUAUGUUUGAAUAAUUUUCAUCAAAUUGAAAUUGUGAGUGAAAUCAAUUAUGACACGAAAGAAAUCAAAUACUGGAGUCAAAAUCAAUUAUGAUAUAGUUUAUCAUGAAAUUAAACAUACUAGGAUCCUUUGUUGUUGUUCUUUUAGAGGGUGUACAAGUAGUUUUAUUGUGUUGAUUCUUUUCUUUGUCUUGAAUAGAUAUUCACAAUCUGUUUCACAAGGAUACAUAUUUGAAGCAAGUAUUCAUUAUUUUGCAAGUCAAGUGAAUGGUUGAAGUGACUUGGAGACAUAAGUGUAAAUGAGGCCCUUCAUUUAUUUAGAAAUAAUAAGAAAGUUACUUGGAGUCAUAAGUGUUAAUAAGGCCCUGAAAAUAGUAUAAUAUUACACUUAAUGACAUAAUCUUUGUUUUGUUUUCUAAUUAAUCAAGCUUUGAUGAGUUAAAUUUUGCUUAGUCAUUGUUUUAAUGGUCUCUAAAACUUUACUAGACAUAUAAUGAGAACUAUCCUUAUUAGAUGUCCAUUCUCCCAGACACAUCAAUGAACCCACUAAAUAUGUUCAUUGCUCUUCUACAAUUUGAUUUUUUCAGGGCAAAGUACAAUUUUAUAAGUUGGUUUCAAAUAUUUGGGAAGAUAUAUGGCAUGGUACAAUUUUGAUUUUCGGUUUUAGAUCUGUCAUUUGAGAGUGGAAACAUAAGGUAAAGGUCAUUUCUAGAUUAUAGUGGAUGGAUAUGACAUAAAUCUAGAAAGCAUGAUUUUAAUCUCCCAUUUUAUAUUCUCUAAUUAGCUUUGCUAACAACCUGAAUUUUAGUGGAUGAAGAUAACAUGAAUCUAGAAAACACCUUUUGCUAGAGCCUACACCAGUUAAUAUCUCUGUUUGAUUAUUUAUGCAGAGUAAAGAUUAUUGGUUUAUAAUGCUUUAUAUUUGAUAGACUUGUGCCUUGCCAUUUAUAAGGCUUUGCAUAUGAUAUUAUUCCCAAGUCUUAUGCUAUGUUGCUGCUUAGUUUGUGGCAAGGAAAAACUCAAAACUAUGGUAGCAUGACUAACAAGAACUUUUUUGGUAAUUUGCUCUUUUACUUUUCAUAUAUUAGUUGCUCAGAUUUUAAAAGCAUAAUCAAGAGUUUGGAUAGAGCUUAAGUUAAGGCUAUAUUAAUCUCACAACAGUUUUUUUAAAGAUUUGAUAUAACAUGACAAGAUAUGGGUUGCUAUGGUGUCAUGAAACAUGUCUAAAGACAUCUAAAGAAAGCUAAAUGAAUUCAAAGACUUAGUGAAAACCGAUAAUUUGUUAGCUUAUAUCUAGAAAGGCAGUUUGAGUUCGUUUACAUGAAAUUUAAUCCCCCCACAUCAUUUUGCAUUUUCCUAAAGCUCCGGUUUUGUUUUAUACUACAUAAGUCUUGCAAAUGUUAAUAAUUUAUAUAAUUUAUAUUAAUUUAUUUAUUUAGUUAAUAUAAAUGAAAAAACAAGUAUGAUUAGUGAACCGUGCGACAGCACGGGUAAAAAAACUAGUAGAAGUACAAAAACAUAUUUAACAGUUGAUUUUUACUAAAAUAAUCUAAAAAUGUGUAUCAAUUCAACAUAUAGUGCCCAAAACACACGAGCUGGAAAACGUGUGGGACUUCACACAAUGCUGUUAGUUAGUCAUUAAAAAACCUAAUUUCUUUUCGGAAUAAAGUCAUUGCUAAUUUUGUUCUAUAUAGUAGGAAUUAAUUGCCAAAUUAUUGAUAAAUCAUGCCAAACAAAUAUGAGCCUCUAAUUAUUAUUUAUUGAUUGUUAUACAUCAUAUAGUUUGGUAAUGAGCUCAUUAUAUAUACAACCAUUUUAGAACGUGAAAUUCACUCUAGUUACCAGAAAUGAUAAUUAAUAGUGUGAAAGAGAUUACUCUUAUAAUGACUCAAUAGUGUGUAAGAGAAGAAAAUAAAGAUGUGUUUUAUGGAAUAAGAAUGGCGCAAGAAAUCAUAUAAGUUGAACACAAGUAAGAAUAAAGUACAUUAAUGGUGUCAAACAAGAGCUCAAAUUAUAGCAAAAAAAUACUAUUAAGGAAUAAUAAUAAUAAUGUCAUCACCAAAAUGUGAAUGCAAAAGCUUUCAAAAUCCAAAUUUGAGUCUUCUUGUUAGGUAAUUGACUUGGACUUGAAUUAGUGGCUCCCCUCUUUUUCGUAAAGUUGAUUUGUCCUCUCUUAGCAUGUGAAAUUGUGAAUGCAUUUUCUCCUAUACUACAAGGCUACAACUCACAUGAGAGAAUGAUAGAAAAAAGGACAAAAAAUAUGUGAAUAUUUUUGUAUGGACUAAUUUCAAAUAUAGUCAAAUAAGACUGCUAUUGUUUUUUUGUAUUAACCUUUUUAUUUCUAGGUCUGGUAAUUUAAAAUUCGGUUGUACGGUAAAUAAAAUCUAAAAUUAUUUUGAAAAGGGUUAAAAUUUUAAAUUCUUUUCACUAAUUUAAUAAAGUCUUUGUCCAAUAUGUGCAUAAGUAAAUAUAAGUUUUACGUUAAGAUAUAGUGGUUAAUAAACUCUUCUUUGGAUAAAUUAGUUGGGAGAAUUGAAAUACGAUUUCUAAUAAAAAUAAUUAUUGGUUAAAUUUUACUUACCUCGCGACUGAAGUCUGCAUUACCGAAAGAUUAACAAGAAAACAACUUUUACACCAAACAUAAAUUUGUCUUUUACCAUGGAAUCAAUAUAUUUCAUCACAUCUUACUUAAUUUAACGAAAAUACUAACCAAUACCCUUAAAAUAAUCUUGAAAUUUAUGUAAUUGACCUUUUAAAAAUAUAAAGAACACUAUUUUUAAUAUAAAAGUAACUUGUUUUAGUAUCUUAACUAGUGUUCGGGCACUAGUUAGCAUCAUCCUUAAUUUAAUAAGUAAGACUUAUUAAUUUCAUGGUAAAAACAAGCUUAUAGUUUAAAAAAACGUCAGCCCUGUAUAUAUUAUUAUUAUAUAUAUCCUCAUUGUUGCUUAGACUUGGUCAUAUAUCACAUUUUCAAUGGCCAAACUAUACUAUAGUGAUUCUAAUUUGCUCUGUAUUCUCUCUGUCUUACUCUAUUAUUACUUCUUCACAUGCUUAGCUAAAAGUACUAAAAACAUCACCACUGAUGAAUUUUCACUUAUUGAAUUCAAAUCCUCUAUAACAUUAGACCCUUAUCAUAUACUUAGUAAUUGGUCAAUUUCCACUAAUUCUUCUUCUUUCUCUUCAUCAUGCAAUUGGGUUGGUGUUACUUGUGAUGAACAUCAUGGAAGAGUAAAUGCAUUGAAUCUUAGUAACAUGGGCCUUGAAGGUACCAUUUCUCCUCAACUAGGAAAUCUCUCUUUUCUUGUUUUUCUUGAUCUACAAGGCAAUAGUUUCCAUGGAACAAUUCCACAUGUUAUCGGUCAACUUCAUCGGUUGAGGAUGUUGCAUAUCAGUAACAUUAAGCUGUUGUCUGGAAUCAUACCAUCAACAAUUUCCAACAUGUCUUCACUUGAAGAAAUUUAUUUAUCAAAUAAUUCCUUAUCAGGAGAAAUUCCAAAAGGAAUUGGUGAUCUUACACAACUGAGAAUAUUGAACCUUGAAAAUAAUAUUCUCUUUGGCAACAUAUCAUCAACAAUAUUAAUGUUGAACAACUCAUCAUUGCAAAAAUUGGCACUUGGUUUAAACAAACUCAGUGGCAUUCUUCCAUCAAAUGUUUGUGAAGGACUUCCAAACCUUAGAUUACUAUAUCUUUAUGCUAAUGAUUUUUCUGGUAAGAUGCCAAAUAUUUGGCGUUUUUGCAAAGAGUUAGAAGAUUUGGAGCUAUCCUUCAAUAAUUUUGACAAAGGACAUAUGCCAGCUGACAUUGGAAACUUGACCAAGCUUCAAUAUUUGUAUCUUAGAAGCAUCAACUUGGAGGGUGAAAUUCCACUCUCGCUCUUCAACAUCUCUUCUUUAAUAGAGAUCGACCUUGAGGAAAACAAUUUAAAUGGAACACUUCCACAUGAGAUGUGUAAUCAACUUCUUCAACUUGAAAUAUUUACCAUAAUCGGUAAUCAUUUUGAAGGAGCCAUUCCACGAUCAAUUGGCAAUUGCACAUUAUUGCAAAUAUUAACUUUACAGAAUAACUUUUUUUCAGGUUCAAUACCAAUGGAGAUUGGAAAUCUCAAUCAACUUCAUCUUUUACAAAUGGGAAAUAAUAGCUUGAGUGGAACUAUUCCUUCACAAGUGUUCAACAUUUCAACAUUAGAAUAUUUGCAUCUUGAACAAAAUUCUUUCUCAGGCAUGCUUCCAUCAAACAUGGGAUUUGGCCUUCCUAACCUACAACAAAUACACAUAUAUGGAAACAAACUUGUUGGAAAAAUUCCAAAUAGUAUAUCCAAUGCUUCAAAACUUGUCAUAAUUGACUUGAGUUUGAAUGAAUUUAGUGGAAAUAUACCAAACUCAUUUGGAAAUUUAAGAGUCCUUGAAUCACUCAUCAUAGGUGGCAAUAAUUUGACAAUAGAUGAUUCUCUUGAAUUCAACUUCUUAACUUCACUAACAAGUUGCAGAAAUUUGAAACGUCUUGAAGUAUCUAUGAUAAGUUUACAAUCAAAACUUCCUAAGUCCAUUGGAAACUUAUCAUUAGAACAUUUUGAGGCAAUUUCUUGUGGAAUUAAUGGAAAUAUUCCACUAGAAAUCGGAAACAUGAGCAACCUGAUUCGCUUAUCUCUGAGUAGAAAUGACUUACACGGAUCAAUCCCAAGUACAAUUAAAGGGUUACAUAAACUUCAAUCUUUGGAUCUUAGCUACAAUGGACUCCAAGGAUCUAUAGUUCAUGAGCUUUGUGAAAUUAGGAGUUUGAGUGAGUUGAAUUUAACAAACAAUAAGCUUUUUGGAGUGUUACCAACAUGUUUGGGAAAUUUGACUUCUCUUAGAAAGUUUGACUUAGGAUCCAAUAGGUUAACCUCUACAAUACCUUCCUCAUUUUGGACUCUCAAAGAUGUUUUAGAGGUAAACUUAUCCUCCAAUGCUAUAAUUGGAAAUCUUCCAUCUGAUAUUAAGAAUUUGAGAGCUCUUGUAUCAUUAGAUUUGUCAAGAAAUCAAAUUUCAAGCAACAUUCCUUCAACCAUAAGUUUCUUGACAACUUUAGAAACUUUGUCCUUAGCAUAUAACAAAAUCAAAGGGCCUAUUCCAAAAUCACUUGGUGAAAUGGUAGGUUUGAGUUUCUUGGACUUGUCUCAAAAUCUUAUAACAGGUGUGAUUCCAAAAUCUUUAGAGUCACUUUCUUAUCUUAAAUACAUUAAUCUUUCAUACAAUAGAUUGCAAGGAGAAAUUCCUAAUGGAGGACCUUUCAAAAAAUUCACAUCUCAAUCUUUCAUGCAUAAUGAAGCACUUUGUGGUAGUCCUUACCUAGUCCAGGUUCCUGGCAACGCCACUGAAGUACCUCCAUGUGAUAAACAAAUUAGGAAAAAAUCAAAGACAAAGAUGAUAUUAAUCAUUUGCAUAUCAUCUAUAAUUGUUGUGUUGGGAAUUUUGGCUAUUGCAUGGAUAAUACUUCAAAUGCAUAAAAGGAAAAAAGUUGAAAAACCACUUGAAAAGGAUUUAUCAACUAAUUUAGGGCAAUUAAGAAGACUUUCCUAUUAUGAACUUGUGCAAGCAACUAAUGGAUUCAAUGAGAGUAAUUUACUUGGAAGAGGUGGCUUUGGAUCUGUGUAUCAAGGAAUGCUUUCUAGUGGAAAGAUGGUAGCAAUUAAAGUACUUGAUUUGAAAUUGGAAGCAACAUCAAAAAGCUUUGAUGCAGAAUGCAAUGCUAUGCGUAAUCUUCGACAUCGAAAUCUUGUUGAGAUUAUUACUAGUUGUUCAAAUGUUAAUUUCAAGUCUUUGGUGAUGGAGUUUAUGUCAAAUGGAAGCUUGGAAAAAUGGUUAUACUCAAAUAACCAUUGUUUAGGUUUCUUGCAAAGGUUGAAUAUAAUGAUAGAUGUGGCAUCUGCAUUGGAGUAUCUUCAUCAUGGUUCAUCAAUACCAGUGGUUCAUUGUGAUUUGAAGCCUAGUAAUGUGUUACUAGAUGAAAAUAUGGUUGCACAUGUCGGUGAUUUCGGAAUUUCCAAGCUCUUGGAUGAUGAACAUUCUAAACUUCAUACUCAAACUUUAGCUACUAUUGGCUAUGUUGCACCAGAGUAUGGAUCUAAAGGAGUUGUUUCUGUUAAGGGAGAUGUGUAUAGCUAUGGAAUAAUGCUAAUGGAAAUGUUCACAGGAAAGAAGCCAACAAAUGAAAUGUUUUCAGAAGAAUUAACCUUGAAAAUUUGGAUUAGUGAAUCAAUGGAUAAUUCAAUAAUGGAAGUUGUGGAUUGCAAUUUAGUCUCACAACAUGGAAAACAAAUUGAAGAUAUUUUAGUUCAUUUAUCGUCUAUUUUGGCUUUGGCAUUGAAAUGUUGCGAAGAUUUACCUGAGGCACGAGUUAGUAUGACACAUGUAACUGCAUCAUUGAUCAGGAUCAAGACCUUAUUCAUAUAAUGAAAAAGGAAAUCAAGAAAUCAAAUUACAUAUAUAGUGAAUUAUAUCAUCCUUAUUCUACUUGGUCAAUGCUUGGUCACUAAGUCAAUGGUGACAUGGCUAGUUAGUUUGCAUAUGCUGAUGUGGUAUUAAGUGGUUACAGGAUUAGUUGUAAACACUAAACAGACACAGAUUUUAACUCUGAAUCUGUUGUAUUAGCUUAUCUAUUUAAGCAUCAUCUUGUGUAAAAAUCAAUUAAGAUAAUUAGAAUUUAGAAUGAAAAAUUUAUGGAAUUGAUGCUACUCUCUCUAGGUUCAGAAUCUUAACUGAACUGAAUACUCAAUGGUCUAAAAUAAAUUUUCUUGCAAUAUCAUGUAUGCUCAAAGGUAUAUGAGAAAGUAUGUUCAAUAAAACUUUAUGUAUUUCAUCUAAAUUGGAACAAAAUAUAUAAAAAAAA